CAGCCUCAUAGUGCUCCGUUCAGCUCGGAGAAUGAAGCGCAGGGAGGGGACUCUGCGGGAUGGCAGUGCAUCACCCCAUCUACCUCACCCUCGGGGGAGACGCUGUCCCACCCCUCUGCGCAGCCCCCCUCUCGACCGUCCUCACGGCCCGAGAGCCAAACACCCUCGCGGUCCCUGAGUGAAACCAAAAAGAGGUCCCACUCCAACAAACCCGCACACAUGAGGAGGAACAUCAGGUAUGACCUCUGACCCCUUACAACAUCCAAACUUGCAUAUAUAGAGAGCAUCUAAUAUAGGCCCUUAACCAACUUCAAAGAUACAAUGAACAGCAAUAUUCAACCAUUAAUUCCCUAACUUGUGAUCUUAAUCAUCUAUACAUACAGCACAUGUAUGAAUGAAGCCUUUAAGUAGAAGAUCUCUGUAUUACUCAGUCUGGCAAGAAGUCAACCAUGCUGCCAUGAGUGGGAUUAUUUCCCCAGUGUUUAUUACAUUAUUACAGCUCUCUCUCACACACAGACAGAUACACACAUACGGCGAUAAACAGACGUGCACACAAAUACACACUAAACCAGCGUUUCCCAAACUCUGUCCUCAGGACCCCAAGGGGUGCACAUUUUGGUUUUUUGCCCUAACACUACACAGCUGAUUCAAAGCUUGAUGAAUAGUUGAUUAUUUGAAUCAGCUGUGUAGUGCUAUGGCAAAAACCAAAACGUGCACCCCUUGGGGUCCCGAGGACCGAGUUUGGGAAACCCUGCACUAAAUACAUACAGCAUUAGUAAUGUACUGUAUAUCCCCAUGCGAUCUGGCAUGCUCUAGUCAGUCUGUUGGCCCUAUAACAGAGAUGGAUGCCUGAGGCCUGUUCUGAUAUCUCUACUCUCCCUCUCCACUUCUCUCUCGCUUUCGCUCUCGCUCGCUCUCUCGCUCUCUCUUUCUCUCUGUGAUGUAGAAAGCUAUUGAGGGAGCACCAGUUGGAGGUGGUGACCAAAGCUGCCCAGCAGGAGGAGCUGGAGAGGCGGGAGAGGCUGGAACAGCAGAGGAAGGAAGGGCACUUCCCCGUGCCCCUGCUACCCGAGUACACACCAGGUGAGGACACACACACGUGAUUGAUAGCUGGAGUGUGAAAUCAGAAAUAUAUUUUGUAUUGAAAUUGUAUACUCUUGAAAUAUAAUAUAUAAUCUCAAUAUCAUAAUAGAAAUGUACUGGUUGAUACUUAACACACUCCGGUAACUAACCACUGCAUCUCUGUCUCUGUCCCCUCCAGGAGAUCUGUCUCAGAGUCUGUCUGCUAGCGUGGCCGAACGGGACCAUGUGAUCUGCCAGGACACCAUUUACAGCAGCACUAAUGUCAGCGAGGACGACUCCAAGGCUCUGAUCACAGAAGCACAUGCCCCAAAAGAAGGUGAGACCCCAGUCACUAUGAGACACCGAUUAGUAUCGCUCAUUAAAAUAGAGAAGACUCAGGGUCUGUCACACAUUAUAUAUUAUUACACAUAUAUUACACAUGUAAUAGAGACUGACUGUGGUCCUCCUGUGCCAGACGGCCAGACUUCCGUAUUUGAUAUACUUGGUAAUGUUAUGACCCAUUUCUCUAGCCUUUCAAUGUCACUCAUUAUUACCUAUAAACACAAAUGACCUUUGAACCCCAGGUUUUGUAAAUGGGAUCAAAUGUGGGUCAGAUAGUUACUGUAUGUCAAGUAAGGGAAAUGGUCUCGCUGUGUACUUUAUGAAAGUGCUUCAUGAAAUAUAGUCAAAAUAGUGCUCCAAAUAGCAGCAUGGGGUAGUUAGGGACUGGGACUGGCUCUGAGCAGUCUUAGAUGGAUUAGCUGGCUAGUGAAGGAGAGUCGCUGUAGUAUAGAACUACAUAAGCUCUGGUGGGCAUCAUGUGCUUUUCCUCCACUGCCAUGACACACACACACACACACAAACAAACUCUGUCACUUAUUAACACACAAACACACACAGACCAGUCUGCUUGUGGACAUAGAUCCACCCCGAACAGAUCCGUUCCCAAUUGAACACCCUUCCAACCCACCCCACUGGCGUUAUCAGAGACCAGUCUGGCGUUGCUAGGUCCUGGUUAAGAGGGAAGGCAGAUAAGGUGACUACGUCUGGAAUGGAAGUGGGUUUAUGGAGCAAAUAACUGGUUAACCCCAGCCAGCCCCAGCCCAGGCAGUGCGGUGACAUUUCUGCCCAGGGUUAUGUAAACCCAUCCUCCACUACUAUAAUCCAGCUUGUAUAACCCCCUAUUCGCUAGAUUUAUAUAAGACCUCUAUCGCCCUCCCCUCUCUUCCCCUCCGCCAUGCCACAUCUAAAGUCUAACAAACGUUACUUAUCACUUAAUAUAGAUGACGUGGAGAACCAUUUAGAAGAAAUGGAUUUUUUUUAUUACUUUUUUAAAUUUCGUUUGGCAAACAGAUUUUGACGUCGCUAUUUGAAACGAGGACAGGUCAGGUGGGAACUUUUUUUAAAGAUUUGUUUGCCUAAAGAUACUAAGACAAAUAUGAUGCCUGAAAACAUUGCAUUUAUUUUAUAGAAUUUGUGAAAACACCAAGCCAUGUUUUGGAGAAAUUGUGUAUUAUUGAAACUAAUAAAAUAUUUUAUUUAUUUGUAUGUUAGGCAGUAUUGUGUAACAUUAUCUAAGUUAUUGUUUUGAUCAAAAGGCACCAGCACAAUGCAAUGGAAACUGGGUAUUAUGUAGAUCAGGGAUGGGCAACUUUGAUGGGGGCGGGGGUCACAAAAAAAAACUGAACUCAUCGUGAGGGGCCGAAGUGGCUCACGAGCAAAACAUUUUAGCGGCACUUCUCCUGACAGGGAAGAUUUUUUUUUUAAAUACGUUUUACAGCUAAUUUCCUGCAAUUCUACACAUUUUGCCAUAGGGUGGAGGCAAAUGUUUGCAAUUUGUAAUAUAACUGAUGAUCAAUGGGCCCCACCCCGAUUGGUAAUUCGACCAUGCUUACUACAAGUUUAGAUAGCUGGCCGCAAGACUAACUUAACAAUCUAAUUUCGGAAUUGCACCUUGUGUAUUCUAUUAUUCUAACGCUCCACAGUAAGUUCAGACCCCGACUGAGUCCCCCCCCCCCCCAAAUAAUACAAAUUGGUCCGCGGGCCUACAAAAGGGGGCCGCCAGUUGCCCAUCCCUGAUGUAGAUAUAUAUGAAAUGUUUCUCCAUUUCCAUCUACAAUACUCUUCUAACAAAAACCUAUUUUCUUUUUCCUUUCUCAACCAUAGAUGUGAUCGAGCUGAGCUCCGACGAGGACGACGCCCUCCAGAUUAGCAGCGAGUCCACCAAUGAGGUGGAGAACCGGUCGGCGGCGACCGGCGCCCACACCAACGACGCUGUGAACCAACCGGACGCCCAGGGGCGUGUCUUGGUCAACCUGAACCACCCAGCCGAGGAGGCAGACCUGUUCCUCUCCUCUCACCUGGCCCGGGCCGUCAAACCUCACCAGGUACUGCUGACUCAGUCCAGACAUGGAUUCUCUUGUUAGCACAGGCAGCCUAGCAGUUUAUAUAGGGACAGUUUCCCUGAUCCAUAUUAAGCCUAAAAAGCACUUUCAAUGAAGAUUGUCUGUUUCUGGGAAACUCCAUAGAGCCCAUGGAGACGAACCAUUGGAUACAAUGCAGUCAAACAAAUUCAACAAUUAAGUAUUUUCAAUCUGCUAAUGAGUUGACUUGUAAUGAUCUCACUUCUGUCUCUCCCCCCUCCUGAUCUGUCAGAUCGGUGGGAUCCGGUUCCUCUAUGAUAACCUGAUUGAGUCUCUGGAGCGCUAUGGGAGCAGCAGUGGCUUUGGCUGUAUCCUGGCCCACAGCAUGGGCCUUGGCAAGACCCUGCAGGUCAUCUCCUUCAUAGACAUCGUGCUCAGACACACCCAGGCCCACACCGUGCUCGCCAUCGUGCCUGUGAGUGACUACCUGUACUCUGUUCUCUCUCUAAAUUCUGUAUUCUCUUUGUAAUCAAAAUCAAAUCACAUUUUAUUUGUCACAUGCUUAGUAAACAACAGGUGUAGACUAACAGUGAAAUGCUUACUUACAUACUGGAUGUAGCUUGUAGUCUCUUGUCUGCGAUAAUUUACUCUUCCUCUCUCUUUCUCUCUCUAUAGGUCAACACGUUACAGAACUGGCUGGCCGAAUUUAACCUCUGGCUCCCGACAUCUGAGGCGCUACCUGCGGACGUGGACCCGACCCAGGUCUCCCCGCGCACCUUCAAGGUCCACAUCCUGAACGACGAGCACAAGUGAGUUUCCCGUCCUUUCUGGGAACGGCGAUAUCCCACUCCCUCCUCUUUAAAAGCUGAAGCCUUUUAGGCUUGAUCAUGGUUUGUGUUUGUGAGGGACGAGAUGAUUCACUCCCACUCACAGCUCUCUCUCUGCUUCUGCUAAGUGUUCUGUAUCACACAACUGCCUAAGAUAUGUCUCUAGUACUCCACUGCUGUGUAUCAAGUGUGGCUUUCCAUCGCACACAGCUUUGCACACUACUGCUCUCCUGCAGACUUGUCAUAGCAGUUGACCCAGUGACCUAAUCGCUUCCUCUGCUCAAUCCCUCUCUUUUUCUCCCUUUCUUGCUGUUCCUCAUCCUGUCCUCUAUCAACCCCUCACCCUCCAUUGCUCCCUCCCUCUCUGUGAGGGAAGUGAAGCCAAGUCUUUGGCUGCUGGCUCUAUCAGUGUUUUCUGUGCUAAUAGUCUCUCUGUAAGCCUGGCUGCGCUCAUCAGACCAACCAGACAGUAUUGCAUACUACAGAGUUAUCAGUCAAUGCUCCCUACUGUACAUGGAACCAGGGAAACGUUUGUAAAAAAAAAUAUUUAUAAAUUAAUAAAUGCACAAACAUGACUCAUCUAUCGCCCAGGUGUGUUACUACUUGAAGUCUACUUAAAUGGCUGUGCUAUUAUGUGUGGAACAUUGUCGCUGAUGUGCUAUCGCUCUUUUCUCUCUCUACUCUCGUUCUCUCUCCUCUCUCUCUCUAUCUGUGCUCUGUCUCGCUCUCUUUCUUUCUGUGUGCGUUCUCUCUUCCUGUUUUCUCAGAACCAUGACCACUAGAGCGAAGGUGAUCUCUGACUGGUCGCGGGACGGCGGUGUGCUCCUGAUGGGAUAUGAGAUGUACCGCCUGCUGUCCCUGAAGAAGAGCUUUGUGGCGGGCCGGAAGAAGUCCAAGAAGGCCCAAGGACCGGUGGUCAUCGACCUGGAUGAAGAAGACCGGCAUCAGGAGCUCCUCAAAGGUCAGUAGGUCAAAGGUCAACUUGGAGUCAAUCAACACUUAUGUCAGUCAUGGUCUGCCCUUUUCAAACUUUUCAGACCAGAAGCUUAUGGCAGUUUUUCUUUCAUCAAAGCAAGUCCAUCUGCACACAAGGCUUUUGCUCGAUUAAUGGAUAACCCUUUGUUAGAACCCAUGUUACUGUAGAUAACUCUGUUAAUUAUUUUUCAUGUGCUCAAGUAUGUUUGUAUGAGUGCACAGGUUUCCAGUUACACAGUAGCUCCAUCACUUUAGUAUGACUCACAGCUGUCAUCAUGAGUGACUCCGAUAACAUGAGUCACUUAGAUGAAUUGAACAUAAAGUCAUUGCUUGGAUCGUACUCCUACAUACACAUCUUUAGGGCUACCAUUUUACCUGAAAUAGCUCUAACUUGACAUCCCCCUCUCUCUUCCUCUACCCUCCUAUAGGCAUAGAGAAGGCCCUGUCUCGCCCCGGCCCGGACGUGGUGAUCUGUGACGAGGGCCACCGCAUUAAGAACUGCCACGCCAGCACCUCACAGGCCCUGAAGAACAUCCAUACCCGGCGGCGAGUGGUCCUAACGGGCUACCCCCUCCAGAACAACCUGAUAGAGUACUGGUGUAUGGUGGACUUUGUCAGGCCUGAUUUCCUAGGUACCAGGCAGGAGUUCAGUAACAUGUUUGAGAGGCCCAUUCUGAACGGGCAGUGUGUGGACAGCACACCGCAGGACGUCCAACUGAUGAGAUACCGAAGUCAUGUCCUCCAUAGCCUGCUGGAGGGCUUUGUCCAGAGGUGAGACCAAGAGAUGGAGACCUCUGGCUUGGUGCAGCUGGUUAUAACCCACAUGAACUGAUGCUAGCACAGUAUCUCUUUUCUGGUAUACUUUAUAGGCCAGUUUCCCAGAUUAAGUCUAUUCCUGAACUAAAAAGCACUUUCAAUGGAGAUUCUAGUUGUAGUCUGAUAAUGGUUGUGUUUUUUCAUGAAUGUAGAGAUCUACAGAAUAUGGCGUAGAUAUUUGUGGUCUAACUCGGGUUGUGUUUGUUCCCAGGCGUGGUCAUGACGUGUUGAGAGACCAGCUCCCCUCCAAGGAUGAGCAUGUGAUACUGGUGCGACUGUCACCACUGCAGAGGGCCCUCUACACAGAGUUUAUGAACCGCUUCAGAGAGGCAGGCAACAGCGGCUGGCUCAGCCUCAACCCACUCAAGGCCUUCUGCGUCUGCUGCAAGGUGUGUGUGUGUGUGUGUGUGUGUCUGUUUCUGUUUUGGCAUGCACAGGAGUGAAAAAACGUUGUGAAGUACAUUUAUAUCAUAUGCUGUAUACAUGUCCGCAUUUCAUUCAGACGUCAUCCUAAUGUUGUAAUAAUGUUUGUCUGGACCAGAUCUGGAACCACACAGACGUGCUGUACGAGGCACUGCAGAAGGAGAAUCUGGCCAAUGAGCAGGACCUGGAACUGGAUGACAUCACCAACAGCCACGCCCGCUUCCCCGCCCCCAACCAGAAGGGCAAGACUCCGGAGGACCCCAACAGCAUCGGAGGGCUGAGUCUCAACGCUCUGCAGGAGAGGGCCAAUCAGGUCAUCACCUACGAAUGGGUACGCAGCCACACUUCACUGCCAAGCUUUUUGUUUUCCACUCAGGUUAAGUGGCAGUUGGUUGAGUCAUCGUGGAUUUAAGCUGGUUGGAAAACAAUUUGAGGACUGCUCAUUUAGAAUGGGUAUUGUCAUAGGUUUCAGUGAAAACAGGUUAUUACCUGUGCAUUACAAUUACACUGUACUGACUUAUCUCAUCAACCUCUCUCUCUCUCUCUUUUUUUCUCUCUCUCCAUUGCAGGCGAAGGAGAUCAUGUCUGACUAUAAGCCAGGGGUUUUGGAGAACUCUGCUAAGAUGGUCCUGCUGUUCCACCUGAUCGACGAGAGCGUCAGGAAGGGAGACAAGAUCCUGGUCUUCAGGUAGGCACAGAAAUAAGACCUCACGUUUUACUGUUCUGUUUACUGUUUUCAGCUAAAGUUUUUACACGUUUUUCUUUCAGCCCUUUUAAAACAACUGUUGCAAUGUAACGUAGUCUUGAAGAUGAAGACUCAAAAGCAUAUACAAUACCAGUCAAAAGUUUGGACACACCUACUCAUUCCAGGGUUUUUCUUUAUUUGUACUAUUUUCUACAUUGUAGAAUACUAGUGAAGACAUCAGAAUUAAUGAAAUAACACAUGGAAUCAUGUAGUAACCAAAAAAGUGUUAAACAAAUCAAAAUAUAUUUUAUCUUUGAGAUCCUUCAAAGUAGCCACCCUUUGCCUUUGACAGCUUUGCACACUCUUGGCAUUUUCUCAACAAGCUUCGGGAGGUAGUCACCUGGAAUGCAUUUCAAUUAACUGGUGUACCUUGUUAAAAGUUAAUUUGUGGGAUUUCUUUCCUUAAUGCAUUUGAGCCAAUCAGUUGUGUUGUGACAAGGUUGGGUUGGUAUACAGUAGAUGGCCCUAUUUGGUAAAAGACCAAGUCCAUAUUAUGGCAAGAACAGCUCAAAUAUAAGCAAAGAGAAACGACAGUCCAUCAUUACUUUAAGACUUGAAAGUCAGUCAAUCCGGAAAAUGUCAAGAACUUUUAAAGUUUCUUCAAGUGCAGUCGCAAAAACCAUGAAGCGCUAUGAUGAAACUGGCUCUCAUGACGACCGCCACAGGAAAGGAAGACCCAGAGUUACCUCUGCUGCAGAGGAUAAGUUCAUUAGAUUUAAUUGCAACUCAGAUUGCAGCCCAAAUAAAUGCUUCACAGAUUUCAAGUAAAAGACACAUCUCAACAUCAACUGUUCAGAGGAGACUGCGUGAAUCAGGCCUUAAUGGUCGAAUUGCUGCAAAGAAACCACUAAUAAAGGACACCAAUAAGAAGAAGAGACUUGCUUGGCCCAAGAAUCACGAGCAAUGGACAUUAGACCGGUGGAAAUCUGUCCUUUGGUCUGAGUCCGCCGUGUCUUUGUGAGACGCAGAGUAGGUGAACGAUCUCUGCAUGUGUAGUUCCCACCGUGAAGAAUGGAGGAGGAGGUGUGGUGGUGCUUUGCUGGUGACUGUCUGUGAUUUAUUUAGAAUUCAAGGCACACUUAACCAGCAUGGCUACCACAGCAUUCUGCAGCGAUACUCCAUCCCAUCUGGUUUGCGCUUAGUGGGACUAUCAUUUGUUUUUCAACAGGACAAUGACCCAAAACACACCUCCUGGCUGUGUAAGGGCUAUUUGACCAAGAAGGAGAGUGAUGGAGUGCUGCAUCAGGUGACCUGGUCUCCACAAUCACCUGACCUCAACCCAAUUGAGAUGGUUUGGGAUGAGUUGGACCGCAGAGUGAAGGAAAAGCUGCCAACAAGUGCUCAGCAUAUGUGGGAACUCCUUCAAGACUGUUGGAAAAACAUUCCAGGUGAAGCUGGUUGAGAGAAUGCCAAGAGUGUGCAAUGCUAUCAAGGUAAAGGGUGGCUACUUUGAAGAAUCUCAAAUAUAAAAUAUAUUUUGAUUUGUUAAACUUUUUUUGGUUACUACAUGAUUCCAUAUGUGUUAUUUCAUAGUUUUGAUGUCUUUACUAUUAUUUAACAAUGUAGAAAAUAGUAAAAAUAAAGAAAACCCUUGAAUGAGUAGGUGUGUCCAAACUUUUGAAUGGUACUGUAUAGAUGGAAAAACCUAUUCUCAAAUGGUUGAAUUAGUUCGACUCUAAUUUCCAAGGACCCCUCCUCACCGUAUCACCCUCUCCACUGUGUUUCCUGCAGCCAGAGUUUGUCCACCCUCUCGGUCAUUGAGGAGUUCCUGGCCAAGAGGCCCAUACCGGCGGGCAGCGCCAGAGACGGCCACAACCAAAACUGGCUCCGCAAUCACAACUACUACAGUAUGUUUUAUUUGUGCUUCCCAUAACUGUGUUUUUGUAUUUUUAAAAAUAUGUACAGUGGGGCAAAAAAGUAUUUAGUCAGCCACCAAUUGUGCAAAUUCUCCCACUUAAAAAGAUGAGAGAGGCCUGUAAUUUUCAUCAUAGGUACACGUCAACUAUGAAAGACAAAAUGAGAAAAAAAAAUCCAGAAAAUCACAUUAUAGGAUUUUUAAUGAAUUUAUUUGCAAAUUAUGGUGGAAAAUAAGUAUUUGGUCAAUAACAAAAGUUUUGUCAAUACUUUGUUAAAUACCCUUUGUUGGCAAUGACACAGGUCAAACGUUUUCUGUAAGUCUUCACAAGGUUUUCACACACUGUUGCUGGUAUUUUGGCCCAUUCCUCCAUGCAGAUCUCCUCUAGAGCAGUGAUGUUUUGGGGCUGUCGCUGGGCAACACGGACUUUCAACUCCCUCCAAAGAUUUUCUAUGGGGUUGAGAUCUGGAGACUGGCUAGGCCACUCCAGGACCUUGAAAUGCUUCUUACGAAGCCACUCCUUCGUUGCCCGGGCGGUGUGUUUGGGAUCAUUGUCAUGCUGAAAGACCCAGCCACGUUUCAUCUUCAAUGCCCUUGCUGAUGGAAGGAGGUUUUCACUCAAAAUCUCACGAUACAUGGCCCCAUUCAUUCUUUCCUUUACACGGAUCAGUCGUCCUGGUCCCUUUGCAGAAAAACAGCCCCAAAGCAUGAUGUUUCCACCCCCAUGCUUCACAGUAGGUAUGGUGUUCUUUGGAUGCAACUCAGCAUUCUUUGUCCUCCAAACACGACGAGUUGAGUUUUUACCAAAAAGUUAUAUUUUGGUUUCAUCUGACCAUAUGACAUUCUCCCAAUCCUCUUCUGGAUCAUCCAAAUGCACUCUAGCAAACUUCAGACGGGCCUGGACAUGUACUAGCUUAAGCAGGGGGACACGUCUUGCACUGCAGGAUUUGAGUCCCUGGCAGCGUAGUGUGUUACUGAUGGUAGGCUUUGUUACUUUGGUCCCAGCUCUCUGCAGGUCAUUCACUAGGUCCCCCCGUGUGGUUCUGUGAUCAAUUUGACCCCACGGGGUGAGAUCUUGUGUGCAGCCCCAGAUCGAGGGAGAUUAUCAGUGGUCUUGUAUGUCUUCCAUUUCCUAAUAAUUGCUCCCACAGUUGAUUUCUUUAAACCAUGCUGCUUACCUAUUGCAGAUUCAGUCUUCCCAGCCUGGUGCAGGUCUACAAUUUUGUUUCUGGUGUCCUUUGACAGCUCUUUGGUCUUGGCCAUAGUGGAGUUUGGAGUUUGACUGUUUGAGGUUGUGGACAGGUGUCUUUUAUACUGAUAACAAGUUCAAACAAGUGCCAUUAAUACAGGUAACGAGUGGAGGACAGAGGAGCCUCUUAAAGAAGAAGUUACAGGUCUGUGAGAGCCAGAAAUCUUGCUUGUUUGUAGGUGACCAAAUACUUAUUUUCCACCAUAAUUUGCAAAUAAAUUCAUAAAGAAAUCCUACAAUGUGAUUUUCUGGAUUUUGUUUUCUCAAUUUGUCUGUCAUAGUUGACGUGUACCUAUGAUGAAAAUUACAGGCCCUCUCAUCUUUUUAAGUGGGAGAACUUGCACAUUGGUUUCUGACUAAAUACUUUUCCCCCCACUGUGUGUAUGUAGAGAGAGAGAGAAGAAGAGAGAGAGAGAAGAUCGAGAUCGCGAGCAGAUAGAUAGAGCUAGAGCAGAGAGAGAGAGCGCUAGAGAGAGAUGAUCUCUCUCUCUCGCUCGAAUCUCUCUACGAUCUCUCUAGCUAGAGAGCAUCGACUAGACGCUCUCCGAUCUCUCUCCUCUCUCUCUCUCUCUCAUCUCUCUCUCUCUCUCUCUUCUCUGCUCGCUCUCUCGCUUCCUCUCUCUCUCUCUCGCUCUCUCUACUCUCUCUCUCUCUCUCGCUCGCUCUCUCCUUCCUCUCUCCUCUCUCUCUCUCUCUCUCUCCUCUCUCUCUCUCUCUCUCUCUCUCUUCUCCUCGCUCUUCUCUCUCUCUCUCUCGUCUCUCUCGCCUACUCUCUCUCCCUCUCUCUCUCUCUUCUGCUCCUCGAUCUCUCUCUAUAUACCUUUCUCUCUUCUCUCUCUCUUCUCUCUCCUCCCUGCUCUCUUCUCUUCUCCUCUCUCUCGUCUCUCUCUCUCUCUCUCUCGAGAGAGAAUACACACAGUGCAUUCGGAAGGUAUUCAGAUCCCUUCACUUUUUCCACAUUUUGUUACGUUACAACCCCAUAAUGACAGUGAUUUUUGCCAUUCUUAUUAAAAAUAAAAAACCUUAUUUACAUAAGUAUUCAGAAGUAUUCAGACCCUUUGCUAUGAGAUUCCAAAUUGAGCUCAGGUGCCUCCUGUUUCCUUUGGUCAUCCUUGAUGUUUCUAUAACUUGAUUGGAGACCACCUGUGGUAAAUUCAAUUGAGUGGACAUGAUUUGGAAAGGCAGACACCUGUCUAUAUAAAGUCCCACAGUUGUCAGUGCAUGUCAGAGCAAAAUCCAAGCCUUGAGGUCAAAUGAGUUGUCUGUAGAGCUCCGAGACAGGAUUGUGUCGUGGCACAGAUCUGGGGAAGGGUACCAAAACAUUUCUGCAGCAUUGAAGGUCCCCAAGAACACUGUGGCCUCCAUCAUUCUUAAAUGGAAGCAGUUUGGGACCACCAAGACUCUUCCUAGAUCUGGCCGCCCGGCCAAACUGAGCAAUCAGGGAGAAGGGCCUUGGUCAGGGAGGUGACCAAGAACACGAUGGUCACUCUGACAGAGCUCCAGAGUUCUUCUGUGGAGAUGGGAGAACUUUCCUGAAGGACAACCAUCUCUGCAGCACUCCACCAAUCAGGCUUUUAUGGUAGAGUUCUCAGACGGAAGCCACUCCUCAGUAAAAGGCACAUGACAGCCCGCUUGGAGUUUGCCGAAAGGCACCUAAAGGACUCUCGGACCAUGAGCAACAAGAAUAUCUGGUCUGAUGAAACCAAGAUUGAACUCUUCAACCUGAAUGCCAAGCAUCACGUCUGGAGGAAACCAGGCACUGCUCAUCACCUGGCCAAUACAAUCACUACGGUGAAGCAUGGUGGUGGCAGCAUCAUCCUGUGGGGAUGUUUUUCAGCGGCAGGGACUGGGAGACUAGUCAGAAUCAAGGGAAAGAUGAACGGAGGAAAGUACUGAAAGAUCCUUGAAGAAAACCUGCUCCAGGGUGCUGAGAACCUCAGACUGGGGCAAAGAUUCACCUUCCAACAGGACAACAACACUAAGUACACAGCCAAGACAACGCAGGAGUGGCUUCGGGGCAAGUCUGAUGUCCUUGAGUGGCCCAACCAGAGCCCAGACUUGAACCCAAGCCUGGUGGUAGCUCAAUUGGUAGAGCAUGGUGCUUGUAACACCAGGGUAGUGGGUUCGAUCCCCGGGCCACCCAUACGUAAAAAUGUAUGCGCACAUGACUGUAAGUCGCUUUGGAUAAAAGUGUCUGCUAAAUGGCAUAUUAUAUUAUAAACCGAUCGAACCCGAUCUCUGGCGAGACCUGGAAAUAGCUGUGCAGCGACGCUCCCCAUCUAAUCUGACAGAGCUUGAGAGGAUCUGCAGAGAAGAAUGAGAGAAACUCCCCAAAUACAGGUGUGCAAAACUUUUAGCAUCAUACCUAAGAAGACUUGAGGCUGUAAACGCUGUCAAAUGUGCUUCAGCAAAGUACUGAGUAAAGGGUCUGAAUACUUAUGUAAAUGUGAUAUUUCAGUUUUUUAACAUUUGCAAACAUUUCUAAAAACCUUUUUUUGCUUUGUCAUUAUGGGGUAUUGACAUCCACCGCUGUCACCACUUGUCUCUGACUCCAUUUAUCCAGUGAUAUAUUUUACUGUAGCUAUACGAACUGUCAUUCAGCCUCUCCAAACCCAUGCUGCAACUUUUCCCAUUGACUUACAUUGGCUAUCGCCACCUGCUGGUGAUCUUGAUAUCUCUCCAUUGUUCUUGGUUCUGUGUGUUGGAGACAGGGAUUGACUCUUUCUAUGGUUCCUUUCUUUAGGACUGGAUGGGAGCACGUCUGCCUCAGAGAGAGAGAGACUCAUCAACCAGUUCAACGACCCAUCCAACACCUCCACCUUGGUCUUUCUGCUGUCCACCAGGUAAUAGACCUUCUCAGGAACACACUGGUAGAAAUAAUUAUAAUGUGUUUAUAAUCAUACUUCUGUAUAGUCACACUUGUAACCCACACUUGUUACAAACACUAUCCCUCAUUCACACUCUCUCCCACACACGUGCACAGUCCUACACACACAAACACACAUACACCUCAGGUCAGUGACGUGUGCGUCUCCCCGUCCCCAGGGCUGGCUGUCUGGGGGUGAACCUGAUCGGGGCUAACCGCGUGGUGGUUUUCGAUGCCUCCUGGAACCCCUGUCACGACGCCCAGGCCGUGUGUAGAGUGUACCGCUACGGCCAGAAGAAACCCUGCCACAUCUACCGCCUGGUCUGUGACUUCACCCUGGAGAAGAAAAUCUAUGACCGACAGAUCUCCAAGCAGGGCAUGUCUGGUAAGUAACCAGCUAACCAAAAAAACACAUAGAAUGGAAUAGAAUAGAUGCUGACUACACUACCGGUCAAAAGUUUUAGAACACCUACUCAUUCAAGUUUUUAUUUUUAUUUUAACUAUUUUCUACAUUGUAGAAUAAUAGUGAAGACAUCAAAACUAUGAAAUAACACAUCUGGAAUCAUGAAGUAACCAAAAAAGUGUUAAACAAAUCAAAAUAUUUUUGAGAUUCUUCAAAUAGCCACCCUUUGCCUUGAUGACAGCUUUGCACACUCUUGGCAUUCUCUCAAACAGCUUCAUGAAGUAGUCACCUGGAAUGCAUUUCAAUUAACAGGUGUGCCUUCUUAAAAGUUAAUUUGUGGGAUUCCUUUCCUUCUUAAUGCGUUUGAGCCAAUCAGUUGUGUUGUGACAAGGUAGGUGGGGUAUACAGAAGAUAGCCCUAUUUGGUAAAAGACCAAGUCCAUAUUAUGGCAAGAACUGCUCAAAUAAGCAAAGAGAAAUGACAGUCCAUCAUUACUGUAAGACAUGAAGGUCAGUCAAUCUGGAAAUUUUCAAGAACUUUGAUGGUUUGGGAUGAGUCGGACAGCAGAGUGAAGGAAAAGCAGCCAACAAUUGCUCAGCAUAUUUGGGAACUCCUUCAAGACUGUUGGAAAAGCAUUCCAGGUGAAGCUGGUUGAGAGAAUGCCAAGAGUGUGCAAAGCUAUCGUCAAGGCAAAGGGUGGCUAUUUGAAGAAUCUCAAAUAUAAAAUAUAAUUUGAUUUGUUUAACACUUUUUUUUUGGUUACUACAUGAUUCCAUAUGUGUUAUUUCAAAAUGUUGAAAUCCUCACUAUUAUUCGGCAAUGUAGAAAAUAGUAAAAAUAAAGAAAACCCUUGAAUGAGUAGGUGUCCUAAAACUUUUGACAAGUAGUGUACAUAGACUACACACUGGCCUACCAAGACACCUCUGCUUCCUCCAGCCAAGUCUACUAGGCCUACUAUUACAUGAACUUCUGCUAUCAGUACUGCAGAGUCUACACUUACCCCAAGCCUCCCCUGCUAAGUGCACUUCAUCUGGCCAGUCCACUUCACUAGCAUGCUAAACAGUGUGUGCUGUGAAGUACAGCAGUCCUCUGAGCUCUGUCAGACUCUGUGAAGUCAGACUCCUCUCAGGCUAAGUGCACUCCAUGCAUCCCUACUCGUGCACCACUGCCAAAGUGCUUUGACAUAGUUUGCCAUUGUUUUUUUAACACAUUACAUCGGUCCGCUCCAAUUUCAGCUAUGCUGUGUACACAAAAAGAGAAGGCCCACACUCUUAGAAUUUAGUUGAAAAAUAACAUCAGAUUUAUUCCAUUUUAUACAUGGCCAGGGUUUGCUAUAUGCCACGUUUCAUGUCACACGCAGAUACCUUUUCAUUUUAGCUGUUGAUGGCCCUAUACACACAGGGAUGGUUUAAAGGCACACAAUCUUCUCCUCUGUAUUUGUGUAGUAGACUAACUCCUUCUCUUCCUUCAAUCCCUCUCUCUUCUCUGCAGACCGAGUGGUAGAUGACCUGAACCCGAUGCUGUCGUUCACGCGGAGGGAGGUGGAGUCUCUGCUGCACUUUGUCGAGGAGGAGCCUGACGUGUCACAGGUGCAGCUGCAGCCCCACCAGGAGAUGGAGGCGAGCAUCAGACAGGCCUGCCAGCUCUACCCUCACUUAGUCACCAAGGUAACAGAUCACCUAUAUACACAUCUAGGCCUGCCAGCUCUACCCUCACCUCUUCCCCAAGGUUAGAACUACACUGGAUAUAUAUCUGGGUCGUUCCACAAAAUGAGUCCCUUUUUGAUAUUUUAAGUAAAUAUUGUGCACCGAUAUUGAAUUUUAAAAGCCUGUUUUUAUUCUGCAUUUUGACAUGUCCCUCUGUGCACUCUGACUUCUAGGACGAUUUGAAUCCACUUAACCCCAGCAUUGUAAAGCCCUAGUUAUUUUGUUGCUUUGACAAAGUCAUUUCUGAAGAUUAUCAUUUAUUUCAUGCGAUUAGUCAUUCAUUUUAAGGUCAACCCUGUUACUUGAACUGAACUCCUCUCAUUUGAAUAUGGUGAAACUAUUCCUUUAAAAAAAAAAACAUUGAACAUCUAAUAGUCAAAUCAUAGUGUAAAAGCAGGUGAGCUGGUUCUACUCUUUUUGGCCAUUUUCUGGUGUUUUGUGCUGGAAAACUGAGUGGGUCGAGCAUCACACCUUGUUACCCAUACAGGCUAGAAUUGUUUUAAAUAAAUGUGCUAUUUUUUUGUGAAGCUUGCAUUCAAUCGCCCCUCCCUGUUGCACACAAUAAGCUUUCUUUCCCCUUGUCACAAGGAGAUUCAUGGCUAAUUUAAGAUGAAAUCGUCAACCCUGUUACGUUAUUUCGUACUUAAUAGGCACUUACUAUAGUCAUUUGUUAAUUUAACCUCUUGAGAUGGGAAAACAUAAGUUGAACAUGUGCUCUUCAUGACAUAAUGUUAAAAUGGGCCAAAUUAAACUACCCAAAAGGGACUCAUUUCAUCACCAAGGUAAGCUAGGUGGUAAGCUAGGUACUACCCUCAUCACCAAGGUAUAUACAUAUCUAUAAACACCAUACUGUAUUAUACACCCACAUCUGGUCACCAAGGUUAGAACUACACUAGAUUUCACUAUUUCAUAUGGGAAGGGUUUGGUGCCCAACUUUUCAAUAACUUCUGUAUUAUUUACACUGAGCGUACAUGACAUAGACUGACCAGGUGAAAGCUAUGAUCCCUUAUUGAUGUCACCUGUUAAAUCCAAUUCGAUAAGUGUAGAUGAAGGGGACGGGUUAAAGAAGGAUUUUUAAGCCUUGAGACAAUUGAGACAAGGAUUGUGUAUGUGUGCCAUUCAGAGGGUGAAUGAGCAAGACAAAAUAUUUAAGUGCCUUUGAACGGGGUAUGGUAGUAGGUGCCAGGCGCACUGGUUUGAGGGUCUCAAGAACUGCAACGCUGCUGGGUUUUUCAUGCUCAACAGUUUCCCGUGUGUAUCAAGAAUGGUCCACCACCCAAAGGACAUCCAGCCAACUUGACACAACUCUGGGAAGCAUUGGAGCCUGCAUCCCUGUGGAACGCUUUUGACACUUUGUAGAAUCCAUGCCCCGACGAAUUGAGGCUGUUCUGUGGACAAAGGGGGGUGCAACUCAAUAUUAGGAAGGUGUUCCUAAUGUUUUGUACACUCAGGGUAUAAUUUUACUUAGAGAGACAUUUUACUCAAACUACUCUCCAUGUCUGUCUCUCUAGCAACCCUUCCACCACGAGUCUCUCCUGAUUGACCGGCAGGAGAUGAAGCUCACCAAAGCCGAGAAGAAGGCUGCCAAAAAGAGCUACGAGGACGAGAAGCGUGCGUCGGUGCCCUACACGCGCCCCUCUUACGCCCACUAUUACCCAGCCAGCGACCAGAGCCUCACCAACAUCCCUGCCUUCAGCCAGCGAAACUGGUGAGAUGGUCCCCAAAAACAGACUUAGUUCCUGUUUUCACCAGAUCAAUCUAUUUUCUUAGUAACAUACUGGACAAUAUUACAAUUGCAUACAGUCAAUGUGAUACCACGUUUUUUAAUUAUUUUAAACUGUUGAUAGAAUCUUUAACCCUCCACUGUCAAUUUGGACUGCCAAUUCGCCACCCUCUCAUCUUUCCUUUCCCUUGCCCCCCUUUCAGGCGCCCACCCCCUCGCCAAGAUGAGAAGCCGGUGGCCAGCGACCGCCCCGUUCAGUCAACUCCAGUUCCCAUGAUGCCUCGCCAGGCAUCUCAUGCCUCCACCCCCACAGCAGACUCUGACUCCAGCUCAGGCUUUCCCGUCAACUACCUGCAGAAGGCAGGCGUCUUCGUCCAGAAGAUAGUCACCACCACAGAUAUCGUGAUACCUGGAAGCAACAGUUCAACUGAUGUCAAGGCCAGGAUCAGUGCAGGAGAGAGCAUCCACGUCAUCAGAGGAACCAAAGGGAACCUACAUCAGGACCUGUGACGGGAGGAUCUUUGCCAUCCGCGCUGCAAGCAAGCUCAAGGCAGGGGAGGAGAACUCAGCCGUUGCACCCAAAGGUAACAGUCCCAACUCAACCCGUAGUCAAUUUAAGUUCAACUCAUUUUGGUCCAUAUGGAUCUGUUUUUAUCCAGUGCUGAUGGUUUCUGUUAGUCUAGACCAGAGAGCAGUAUCUAACCCGUCUGUCUCUCCUCCCCUCCCUCAGACACCCAGAAGGCAUCGGAGGAGGCCUCGACGAACGGCACCAGCGGCUGUGUGACUCGCCCGCUCUCCCCCGACAGCCCUGAGAUCCUGAGCGAGCUCCAGAGGUACACAGCUGCAGCCGGAAACAAGAUCCAGCAGCAGCAGGCCUCCAAGGCUCCGUCUGCAGGAGUCUUGGAGACAGCGCUGGCAGAGAGCACCAAUGGCAGCAGCAUGACCAGCCAUGCCAAGCCCUGGAGACACACCACGGCCCAGCCAAACACAGACUCCACGGCCGCCCUGGACCUGAAGGCCACCAAGCGCAAAGCCUCCACCCCGUCUGCCGAUGAAUGGGCCAACAACAAGCAGCUGGCCCCCGGCAAGUGCACCUCGGCCCCAUUGCCCCCCCAGGCCUUACCCUUCGCAGGGGGCUAUGGCUUCCCGCCCAUGGGCCUCAACCCAGCCAUGAUGGGUUCCAUUGAGCAGCCCCUUUUCAUGGGGGCCGGCUCACCCUACUUCCAGCCCCACAGCCAGCUGGGUGACCCAUGUCUCAUGUUCCCCAUGACCUCUGACCCCUUCGGCCUGGGGGACGGCACCCUACCUAGCUCCUCCUCCAGGUCUUCCUCCUCCACCACUACCAGCUCCUUCUCGGCCUCCUCUGACUCUGCCUCCCUGGCUCCCUUCAUGCUGGGUGCUGGUAUGGCUGGCAUGCUGCCCCCAGGCUUCCCCAUGUCCUACGGCCAGUCCGUGGGUAUGUACCCUAGCUCGCUGCUCCCAGGGGGGCUCCCGGCUGCCACCCCAGGCCCUGCUGGCUCCAGCUUUCUCUCCCACUUCCCCUCCUCCGGCCUUAUGGGGGCGGGGCUGGGUCGCUCUGACACCCACGGCUCAGCAGAGAACGCCGGUAGCAGCUCAGACAGCAAAAACGACGAUGAUGAUGUCAUUGAGGUGAUGGAACAA